AUGGGUCAUCCACAUAAGGGAAGCAAUAAGAGAAGAGGCAAGAAACAAAGCCAACCAAUUUCAAAUUUGAAGCAACCUGGAUGCCAAAACCCUACCUUUGGUCAGACUACUGAGGAAUCUAUGGUUUUGAGCAGUUUGAUGAAAACAGAACAGAGUGGGUUGUUUAACUUUACCAUAGUGGAAGAGGAUGAUGAUGCUGCAGUAUUGAUAGGGGAUAUGACAGAUACAACGACCCUUUUGAGUGACGACGAUAAUCGGACAAUACUUCUUUUGAUUUCACAGAUAAUGCUUCAUAUAUCAUGGAAUUCUUCCUACGAGAUAAUACUUGCAGAGGUUCUGAAGACAAUGGAAGCAAUGCCUGAUUUAAGUGAACCCUCCCCCGAGCUUUCCAAUAGUAGAGAGUAUCACAAUUCAAACACAACGAUUGAACCUGUUAGAGCUUAUUUUGAAAAAUGUAGCACACAUUGCCCUGGUAGAACUGCAUACUUACCUUCGUCAUCUAAUCACGAUCUCCAGGGUCAUAUGUCAUGUAUGAGUUGCUAUGGGAGGAGUCAUAUUGAUGUUCUUGCUGGUCUCGGAACUUCCUCUGAACAGACUCAGACUCAGGAUGUUAAAGAAAAGAAUAAAUUAUAUGAACACGACCUUUCUUCCAACAAGAGAAUAGGGGUCCAGUGUGGACCCACCCCCACUGAUGUUGAGAAGAAUUGGCCUGCUUUAUCUCCUAUUAAGCCCUCAUUUGAAUUUUCGAAGAAUAGACAGCAACACAACUCAAACAUAGAAGUUGUUUCGGAUGUUCUUAAAGAAAAUUACGUUUUAAUUGGUGGGGAUUCUUACAUUGCGUCAUCAUCUAAUAGUGAUCUCCAGGAGGGUAAUAUGUCAUUCAAGAGGAGUUGGCUUGAAGCUCUUGUGGGCCCCGAAACUUCUUAUGAACAUACUCUGACUCAGGAAGUUAAAGGAAAGAUUCCAUUACAUGAUCCAAAUAGUUGGGUGAAGGUAGUAAAAAAAGGGUCACACAUGCAAAAACUUGACUAUCUUUCAAAAGACACCGCAAAAAAGCAGCAUAUUCCUGGGGGCGAUUAUAAGAAGUACAGGCAUAAUGCAAAUCAACACUGGGAAAACCAGAAGUCCCUCGUUGAGCAGGCUAGAAAGGCACAUGCAAGUGGAAAAUGGGAUGAGGGGGUAAAUCUCUACGAAAAGGUCAUAGGAGUGGUCUUAGGUUUUAAGCCUGAGCAUCACCUUUCUUGGCGACAUUGUGAUUUACCUCCCCAUGUUUGUCAAGGGUUCAAGUCCCAACAGCCACAAUGUGUGAAAGUUCGGAUUCUAAUAUGGAUUAAGCUCCUUGUAGGCAAGGAUAUGGAAAGAAAGGCUGAGCAAGCUGAUGAAAGGGCUAGCCAGGAUAUUUUUUAUUCAAGGAACAAAAAUAAUAUUGUAGAUUUGAUGACAAUCGAUUUACAUGGACAACAUGUGAAAGAGGGAAUGACGAUACUAAAAUAUCACCUUGCAUUUGGUGUAUAUGGUCGAUCUCUGAGGCGGCUCCGCGUUAUCACCGGAUAUGGGAGUGGAGGAACUGGGCAGUCGAUGCUGAAACUGGCGGUUGUUGAUCUCUUAAAAACGGAGAAAUUUGAGUGGGAGAAAGAAAACGAAGGUAGUCUUCUAAUCAAAUUCGACAUGAAGAAGAGAAAGUUGGGGUUUGUGAAAUUGUAGUUACUCUCAUUAAUCUUUUUUCCUUCCAUUUUUCCUAUGGACAAUUUGUUGUAUGAGAAUGAAACAAAUAUGUGGCCCGUGAGUUCGAUUUCCCAAAACCCUUUUGAACAUCGGUUAAUUUACAAUGCCAGAAAUGAUAAUUAAGC